AUGGCCGAGACGUCCACACCCAAAUCCGGCCAGCUGACCGAUCUGCUAUGGGUCAAUCAUGAUGCGCUGAAUAUGAAAGCGCAGCCCCACCGGCAACGCGUCUUUAGCCACAUUCAACAACGGUACCGACCAUGGCAGAGACGCGACUCCGCCUUGAAGCUAAGAAAGAGCGUUCAAUUACCAGCAUCGGGCUCACGAGAGCAGUCUUCUGAGAGCGAGGAAGACCGCUCAGAGUCGACGAGCACUUCCCCGGCCUCGUCAUGUACUUCUUACAGUUUGGACUCUCUGGCAAGCUCGGACAAGAGUCCUGGGCUUGUUGCGUAUAAUGUGAAGUUUUUUCAAGGAAAUUCUGACCCAUUCAACGCUUAUCCUGUGUCAAUUUCUCCAAGAAUCAACGUCAUUUUGAGAUUCUACCGGGACAUCGUCAUCCCAUCACAAUACCAUACCGGCUUGGAUGGUUGGAGAACGCUAGACGCCGCUGUGGAAGACUGGAGAGAUGUCGUCCGUUCGCUGCAUGAGAAGGGUGGCGCGCUGGGAUUUUUGGGACGAUGGGCACAGGUUGCGUCCAAUGUCACCAACAAUUCCGAGCUCGCCACGCAAAGUCUGCGUUUCCGAUCUCAAAGUACCUCGAUGCUACUGAAGAAAUUGCAAACGGGUUCUGGGCUCGUUUCUAAGUCAUCUUACUGGCACGUCAUAACACUGUAUAUGGCCGAGGCACAAGCUGGAAAUGCUGACGGAGCAUGGCUCCAUGCAAAAAUGCUGUCUCGGGCAUUGAAAUACGAAAGUCAACAUGGGCAAGUAGACAUCACAUCUCUACGAUCCUUCAUGUACAACGAAGCUUGCGCCUGCUGUAUGUUCCUGCGCAAGCCUGUUCUGGACUAUGACGGCUGGGUCCCGGAGGUGUUCAAGAUACCUUGGGCAGAAGGUAGGAAGGGUCUACCAGCCAUGCAGCUAUCGUUCGCUACAUCUCUAGACCCGGCCAUCGAGGAUGAGUUUCUCAUGGACAUGUUCAUGCAGCAGCGUGAAAGCCUUGCGGUGUGGAGACACGGUUCAGAAAGAGGGGAUGGACUGCCUCCUGCUGUGUUUACGUGGUGGUGUUCCAGCCAUCUGGUCAAGCAAAUGAGACUCUUGAAGUACGCACUGGACCGCCUCGAUGAGGCAAAAGAAGGAAAAGGCCCCCAGUCACAUCUGCACAAGAAGAACGCCUACCUGGCUUUGACGGCGGUCUACUGGACGCGGCUCAUUGCUGGAGAUGAGACCCUCCUCGGAAAGGAGAUCUAUCAAACGAAGAAGCCUUUGCGAACUCUGACGCGCCAGCUUCUUGAAAAAGAGCAGUUGGUUGUUGAAUUUACCGGAUCGAUGAAAUACGCAAACGCACGGUUGUGGGCUCUUUACGUCGGCGCGCAAGCAGAACAUGACCACCUGGGCAUUCAGCAAAUCGAUGAGAACUGGUUCAGUGCCCAACUCUCCCUCCUGGCUGCGCAGAUGAAUUUGACCUCUUGGGAAGCUGUUCGCUCGAUUCUUGACGGCUUCUUGGAUUGCGAUGUCGUCGAACCCCAUGGUUCCCAGUUUGUGCCUGCGCUGCUGUCACGUCCUUCUUCAACCACGCAAGGUGACAGUCGACGAUAUUCCAAGACACCUUGA